AUGAAGUUUUCUAUCCCCUCUCUCGCCCUCGCUGCGCUUGUUGCUCCGACUUUGGCCCAGGUGGUGCCAGGUUCGGUCGAUAUCAACUAUCACUCCGGUUAUGAUAGAUACCAAGGGCGCGGUGGCGAAUGUUCGACUUCCAAGGCUCCGGAGAAAGAUGUGACCAGCAUCAACAUUUCUGCAUUCGCACCAGGCCCUGUCACCUGUGACUUCUACACGUUUGGGGCGCACUGCGAUGGAGACAAGUACAGUCUCACUACCAAGGGAGGAAUCAAGGGGCAACAAUUCAGCAAGCCAUUCAAAGUUGGUAGCCUGACCUGUUCCGCAUAG